AUACCGGAUAUCGUAUUUGAACUCGAACAAAAGGCGGGUUGUUAUUGGUUAAUUCAAAACCAGCGGUAUUUGUGAAGAAGUUAAUGAAAACAAAGCUGUAUAAUUGUGACAAUGGAGGAUUACAUAAAAAUAGAGAAAAUCGGAGAGGGUACCUAUGGAGUAGUCUACAAAGGACGCAACAAAAGGACCAAUAGGUUGGUGGCCUUGAAAAAAAUCCGCCUGGAGUCGGAGGAAGAGGGUGUACCCUCCACAGCCAUCAGAGAGAUUUCUCUACUAAAGGAGCUACAACAUCCUAAUAUUGUAUGCUUGGAAGAUGUUUUAAUGCAGGAGAACAAGCUCUACCUUGUGUUUGAAUUUCUCUCCAUGGACUUGAAGCGUUACAUGGACACAAUUCCCAAUGGACAAUUCAUGGACAAAAUGCUCGUCAAAAGUUACUUGUACCAAAUACUGCAGUCUAUUCUAUUCUGUCAUCAGAGACGAGUCCUUCAUCGUGAUCUGAAGCCACAAAACUUGUUGAUCGAUAACAAAGGUGUCAUUAAACUGGCCGACUUUGGUUUGGCCAGGGCUUUUGGAAUUCCUGUUCGUGUUUAUACACAUGAGGUUGUGACCCUGUGGUAUCGAGCCCCUGAGAUUCUCCUGGGGAGUCAGAGAUACUCCACCCCUGUAGAUAUAUGGAGUGUAGGAUGUAUAUUUGCUGAAAUGAUGACAAAACGACCCUUGUUCCAUGGAGACUCAGAAAUUGACCAGCUCUUCAGGAUAUUCAGGACACUUACAACCCCUACAGAGGAGGCGUGGCCUGGUGUGACAUCAUUACCAGACUUUAAACCAACCUUCCCCAACUGGAAGACCAAUCAGCUGGCCAGUGCCGUCCAGAGGCUGGACAACACAGGGCUUGAUAUUUUACAGGAAAUGUUGAUAUAUGACCCAGCCAACAGAAUAUCAGCCAAAAAAGCACUGAGCCACAUAUUCUUUGCUAACCUGGACAAAUCUGCAUUACCGGCGUCUUCUAUUGUGAACUAAUCUUCCUGGCUUUCACAUGUUUACCUCUCCACAAUGUAUCGCAAACACAACCAGGACCAAGUACAUUGAAUAGUCUGGAGCUAAUUAGAUCCCACCUUAACAUAGUAUCUACUUAAAGUUCAACUGUGUUUGAAUUUUUGAAAAAGAACGUUUUAUUUAAUGCUGUAGAUUGGUGAAUUUGUAACAUUUUAAACACCAUUUUGUCUUGGUUGAAAAGAUAUAUAGCAAAAGUAUACAUUUACUGACAAGUAUAUUCAUGUUGUAUUACUUGUAUCCUAUUGGUAUUGUUUCACAGUAGGUCAGAAAAGCUUACAUUGAGUUGGAGUUUAAGAAUAUCUUAAUAGUAGGGAUGUACUUAUAAAGUUCCCCAUUAUUCGUAGUAUAACAUUUUAAUAACAAAGUGAAUGGUAGACUGAAUGAGUGUUAUUAGUACUGAGGUAUGUGCAUUUCUACUGAGUUGACUUUGGUCUAACUCCAAAAGCUCAGGUUAUAUUGAUCAUGCUGUGAUUGUUUUUUGUAAAGGGUGCACAUUUUAUUUUCUCUUUUUUCACAGAAUAUGAAUGUAGAGUUAUCUCCCCAUGAAAUAUGAACUGCUUCCUUUGAUGUACUUUCUUUCUCUUCCUUCUGUCUGUUUCCUUUCUGUGUGUUGUACAUAUAAAAUAAUUUGUUGAAAACUUGAAAGUUGUCAAAUCUGUACCAUACUUAAUAGUACCUGAGCAUGUGAAUAUGUAUGGAUAUGUAAAUGGCUGUAUAAUUGUGAGAAAGUGUUGUAUAACUUUUUUUUUACAAUGAUCAUUCGAUGUCACUAACUCCUUGUAUCUUUUAGUUAAGCAUUCACAGAAAAAAGACCAAACAACAAAUAAUCUAAGCAUAUUUGAAGUCAUCCUGUAUGAUUUUUUUAAUUAAUGUAACAUCUUGAAGCCCCCCUCCCCCCUCUACCACAGAUAUGAAUGUGUAGUAGGAAUUGGGUCCCAUAUUUUAACAGUGUAAAUGUUGCAUUAGUAGAAUGAUCUAGUUCUGUCUCAGGACACGCCCUCGCCACAGUUAGAAUGCCUCCCAUAUACUUGUAAUGUGGCAGAAAAUUGCAGAAUCACUCCAAAAAGAAUUUUGAAAUUACCAAAAAAUAAAAUUUAAAACUAAAAUUGAAUACAACUAACCCCAUUGAAAAUUCGUAAGUCCUUAACACUGUAAAAACUGUAAAAUGAUAUUGUAAACCAAACACUUUGAAAUGUCACUUUUCUCAAUUCAAAUUGACUGUCAUUUUACCGGAAAUUAUUAUCGGAACACCCUGCUAUUUUCCAAAAUUAAUGCUCAAUGAAGAACCACCAAUUACCAUAUAUGGAAAACGGUGCAAAGAGCUUGAAGACAAUGAGUAUGAUGUGCAGUGGACACAGAAUUACCCUGUAGAAUUGAAAGAUAAACAGGCAAAAAUAAUCUCUGCAGUGCUAGAGGGAAAAUAUAUGCUUUUGCCAGUGCAUUCUGGUUUAUUUUCUUCAUUCAGGACUAAUGAAAGCAAUUUUAAUCAAAAGAAGAAUAUUAAACCUUCAUAUUAAUUUGAUUUGAUGCUGCAAUGUUGACUUAACUUAUAUUUCUUAAUUUACAGUGUUUAUUUGAAAGUAUAAGUUGAUUUUCCUGUAAAAUAAAGGUGUAGUAAAGAUCGUAGUACAUUUUCCGUAAAAGGUCAUAACACCAUAUUUGGGAGCCGUUCGCUUACGUAAUUCAAGUUCCGGCAAAAUGGAAGCUGCACACAGUGAAAUUCAAACUCAUAGGUUUUAGUUCUCUUUUAUGCUAAUUAAAAUGGAAUUAAAGGCGAGUCAGUUGUGAAGGUAACUUUUUUGGUUGUAUAUUGAUGAUAUGCGACCAAAACAUACUGAGCGCAGUUUUUAUUUUGCUACAUUACAGGUACAUGUUUAUGGGACGCAUUCUAUCGUUAAACCGGGUGCGUAAGACAUUAUCAUUUUAGUGAUGGAACAUUCUAUCUAGUGUUGUAUGUACAGUGUGAUUUUUCAAUGUUUUCCCCAUGAUUUUGUAUAUAUAAUGAUGAGGUCAUUUUGAUAGUGCUGUAUGUUUGAGUUAUAUGUUACACCUCGCCCACCAAGAGUGUUCAAAACAGACUACCAUUAUGGUAUGCUGAAUAAAUCUUUUUGAUCAAAUAAAUUUAAAUAAAAACUGGAAAUGUAUAA